UUCCUGUCACCAAAGUAAAGGUACAGUAAAGGCAGAUUCUGUGACGCCCACUUUGACUUGAAACCAGGGCUGAGGUUACAGUGUGAGGAAACUAGCCAGGAAGCUGCAUUUAUUUCUUAACAUUUAAUCAAAAUAAAAACUUUCUUCUGGCCGUGUGAAUAUCUGAUAUGGCAGCUCUCUGUGGUCUGAAUAUCCUGCUGCUUUGGGCUGGAAUCAUCAGUUUGGCUAAAUCUCCCCCAUCUCCCCUGUAUCUUAAAAUAAUCAACACAAAGAUGACCAAUACCUCCAUUGAUUUGAGUUGGAACACAACCAGUCAGAACUGCCAAGAUGAUCUUCCUAAUCUUCAGGGACUUUCAUAUGACUGCAGUUGUUUUCCAUCAGAUCAGAAACACAGUAAUGAAGUCAACAAACACAAACAAGCUAAUGGGGAAACAUGUCAUGUUGCUGGACUGGAACCAUACACCAGUUACACCUGUGAAAUCCAACCCACCUACCACAACAAGAAAGUUCGACAACCAACUGUAGUUCAACAGAGAACUGAGAUUGGAAUACCAGGAGAUAUCACUGGUGUGAUGGCUGUUUCAGAGCAUAAUGUGAUUAGAGUAACCUGCACCCGUACAAAUCGUCUUAAUGGACCUGAAGAGCAAUACAUUGCACGUCUUUAUGAUGUAAGUGUCCGUCUGAAGGAACUUAAAGCAAACAACUGCGAGUUUGAAUUCAAAGAUCUCAACUACUCAUCAUACCGACUGGAGGUGACUGUUUUCAAUGGAAAAUUUGAGAGCAAGCCCAAGACACAAGAUGUGGUCACCCACCAGAGUUUCAAAGGUGUCUUCAUUAUGGUCUUCUUCGCCAUUUUCACCAUCACUCUGGCUGUGGCGGUCUAUGUUACGAAGUGCAGAAAGUCAAUGAUGUGAAUGAAAAUGUGAUUCUUGAAUCAACGGCAGGUGAGUAGACUUCAGCUUUCUUGUUUUUACUACAAUGGUAGGUUACAACCAGUAAUCACAUUCAGCCACAACACAUUAUUAAUGAUAUUUUAACAGUUAGAUAAUUAGAUGGGCGGAACGGCAUCAAGGUUCAUGGUUCGACCUCGACUGGGGCCUUUCUGUGUGGAGUGUUCUCUCUGUGUCUGCGUUAGUAGUCUUCGGGUACUCCGGCUUCAUCGCACAGUCCAAAUACAUGCAGGUUAAUAGGUCAUUGGUGACUCUAAAUUGCCCUAGGUUUGAAUGUGAGUGUGAACGGUUGUUUUCUCUAUGUGCUUUUCAAUGAACUGGCGACUUGUCCAAGGCGUACCCCGCCUCUUGCUCAAAGUCAGCAGGGAUAGGCUCCAGCCCCACCAUGACACUGAUGAGGAUAAGCGGUUACAGAUGAUGGAUGGAUGGAUAUAGAUUCCAUAAUCAUUUAGGAAUAUUGCAUUACAUUGUAUUAUAAUAACAGUUGUAAUUGUAACAUGUUUGAAUGGUUUGUUUUCGAGUUCUGUGUAUAAGCAGUAACAAAUAUUAUGUUGCCUUAUUUCCAUUUUGUUUGCUGUUAUGUUUGAUGUUAAUGCACAGGUUCCUGAAUGGCAUCAGAAGGAAGCUCACUGAUGAAGACAGACCUGAUGGAGCUGUUGGAGCUGCCAACAAAAUCGUCAUUUACUUUUUGUACUUAGUUGUUAAGAUGUGCAGUAUGUAAUAGGUCUUUUUGGUUUGAGUUUAAUAAGUGAUAUUUGUUUUAAUUAAACUGAAUUAAAAUGGAAUUAUUGUUUUAUCAAGUCCUAAGUGUU